UUCUCAUUCUUCACGCAGAGAGAAACGAAAAUUAUAGCCAGAAAAGAAUUGUAGAGCAAUGGAGAUGUAUCAGGAACUGCAUUACUGGUUAGUAGAUCAACCCAUGAUAAGUGAGUUCAGAUGGAAAGAAGGCGAGACAUUUGGUGCGUCAACUCAGUUCCUAGUUACUACAGUCAUUACUUAUCUUUCUCUUACUACAAUUCUCCAUUUCAUCAUUCUCCCAUCAAAACCACCGCCUCAAAAUCCAUCCACAUCAUCAUCGUCGUCCCCGAAAUCUCCUAGUCUCCUUCGUUUUGUCUCCGCAAUCCAUAGCUUAAUCCUCGUAAACCUUUCUUUCAUCAUGGCCAUUGGAUGCAUUCUAUCAACGUCAAGUCAAAUGCUUAAUACCCGUUGGAUUUUCUGUUUUCCUCCGAAUGAAACCCCACCGAGUGGACCCGUAUUUUUCUGGGCGUACGUAUUUUAUUUAUCCAAGAUCCUCGAGUUCGUCGACACACUCUUGAUUUUAUUAAACGGAGGAAAUAGACGGCUUACAUUUCUCCACGUGUAUCAUCAUGCUGUCGUAGUUGUGAUGUGUUAUGUUUGGCUUCAUACAUCUCAGUCUCUUCUUCCAGUGGCGCUUGUUACCAAUGCAUUAGUACAUACACUAAUGUACGCUUAUUACAUGUUGUGUGCACUUGGAAAGAGACCACCGUGGAAGAGAAUUGUUACUGAUUGUCAGAUUGUUCAGUUUAUGUUUAGCUUUGGGGUUUCAAUUGUGAUGUUGUGGUUCCAUUUUAGUGGAAAUGAUGGGUGUUCUGGCUUUGGGGGUUGGGUUUUUAAUGCUGCUUUCAAUGCUUCACUUCUUGCUCUUUUUACUGAUUUUCAUACCAAGAAUUAUGAUAAGAAAAAGAGUAGUAGCGGUAAGAGGACUGAUUGAGUGACGAGAGGUUUAGAGUGUCUUGCUUUGUAGUGUUGUUGUGUUCAUGUUCUUUAUUUUGCUCAUAAAUUAAAUGAAAAAUUUCUUCUCUUUCGAAUA